AUGAGUUUCUUUGCUAAUCCCCUCGCAGAUGAGGAGGAGGUGGUGCCCCCCGACUACCCUCUGGAGCAGUACGACGAACUCAAGCGCGAGGAUGACUUCAACGAGCUUCUUGUGCGAUCCACGAAGCUGGAGUGUCGGCAGAGCGGCGGCGACGACGCGUCAACCAACCCCGAGCUCGAGGCAUGUCUGGGUCGCACCCGGCAACUGCGAGCCUCGCUGGAGAACUCGUGGCUCCGCAUGAGCGAGCUGCAGGUGGAGGCGACCGGUGGGGCACGCUCCUCGCCUACGGUGGAGACAUCCAGUUUGUCUACCCCAGCCUCCCUUCUGGGGGCUCUCGAUAGCGCCAUCACGCAGGUGCACCACCACGUUACACAGCGCGAACGACUGAGCCAACACCUGAGCGCCCUGGUUGAGAAAGAGGCUGCUCAGCUUUGCUCUUCGGCAUCUCAUCUACUCACUGCAACCGCACCGCACGGCACUGGCGCGUCCAUGUUGCGCGCGCUCGAUGCACCGAACUUGGCGUGGCCGCCGGAGACAGGCUCUUCGCCUCACUCGUCGGAGGUGAUAUGUGAACGUGCAGCUGGGGCUGUGCGUGCUCUGGAGGCGCUUCUCCCUUCCAUGUCGAUGGAGGAGGCGGCUUUGGCGAGUGCGGCGGCGCAGCAGCUCUCGUAUGGACUGCAGUCAUUGAGCACCUUGAAGCAACGCUGCGACGCCCUUCGCAUCACCGUGGGGGUCAAAUCGCAAGAGGAGGCAGAAGCCCACUGCGCCGCUGAGGCGUUUGCUCGGUGGACAGCGCAGCGGCAGCUGGCGUGCAGUGAAUCGGCCGCUUCGUCAGCGUCAUCUCCAGUUGCCGCCGUGCCCUCCUUUGACAUUGCCACGGCAGAGUGUCUCAACAAGGAGAUCAGCGAGGAGAACGGGCGACUGGAGGCGGUGCUCGCGCGUCUUGUUGCCACCCAGUCGCUCGACAGAGCGCAGCGUGACGCCUUCACGGGAAGUGCUCUGGUGCAGUACGUCGCCCUCGCAACCUAUGCGCGGGAACUUGAAGAGGAGGUCGAUCGCCUAGGACGGGCCGUGCUGUACCUUCGUGGCAUUCUGGCCGAGCCGUCUGCGAGCGAGCUGUGGGGUGAACGCCGUGACGGUAGCCCUGCUGCUGCAUCGACGCAGAGUGCCAGUCACGAGGGUGAGGAGAGGCUGGCGAGGCGUCUGAGCCGCAUCCACGCAGUGGAGAAAGAGCUACGGUCGCUGCAGGCAGCGGACGGUGGAGCAGCGACGGCGAACGACACCGUCGCCACCAUUCUGUCUUUCGGCUUGAACCGGUUGCUAGAGGUGCACAACGUCUGCUUACAUGCGAUGGCGCUGCUCAGCACUUACUUUGAGAAGCAGUCGGGAAGCGCGGCCUUUCUCAGCCAUGCAUUGCGCGGCGGCGGCGCGGUGGAGGAUGCCACGGUGGAACGCGUGCUGGAUGUGCAGCUCCCUGACGCGGAGCUGGUGAGACAAUGCUGUGCUGACAUGCGCGGCGCGAGCGUCGAUCUCGGCGCCACACUGAAGAGUAUUGUGGACCAGUCCAUUGUGACUUCGACCGCUCAUUUCACGCGGUGGCAGGCUGUGCGGGGCCUGCUGACGGAGCUCCUUCAGUAUUCCCUGGCCGCGAUGCCGGACGUACACGCCGAGUUUUCGGCUCUGCUCGCAGACUACGCGGAGCCGAAGACGCCGUCGGCCACGGCUGCAUCCGCCAACUCUGCAGCGACGAGUCAAGUGCACGUGGAUCUCGACUGGGCGACGGCGGUGCUCACUGAGGAGGCGAAGGCAUUUGCUGAUGAGAAGAGGGCGCAGCUGGAGCUCAUCAAGGCAUUCUGGGCGGAGCAGCAAAUCGAGGUCAACAAGAAGAUGGCAUGGCUAGCGAAGCAGCCCAACACCCCGCUCUUAAUGCAGCUGUGCGACGUGGAGAGGGGGAAUGAGCAGCUGCGCCGUCAACUGGCAUCCAUGCAGGAGGCCUCCGAGGACGUGUCUGUCCUGCACAAUACGUUGGCAGAGCUGGAGAGACGUACCUCCGAGGAGGCACGACUCAACGCGGGAUUGCGGGCGGAGCUCGAGGAGCUCGAGGCUGCAAGGGGCGAGUUGGAGUUGCAGCGCGAUAUGUUGCUAUCUUCCCUGUGA